AUGAAGGCUCUCUAUUUUACAGCAGUCAUCGCAUACGCCCAGGCCGCUGCGAUGUCUUCACGAAAGUCCCCCAACAUCACACUGAACGACUGGAGCGCUGUUGCGGAUACCGUUUUAUCCUCAGAGAAGGGUAACAUUAUAGGGGUCUUAUAUAGGUCCUUCGAUGUGACUCCUCCAAAGACUGGCAGCCUUGUAGAGUCUAUUCUCGCAACUAGAUAUACUGUAAACCUGAUCCUGUUUAUCACUAUAGAAAUUGAUCCCGUCGCGCCUAAGAGAGGGGUAUAUAGAAUGGCCUCCGUGUUCUCAGGCUCUACAGUCCUGUCACAAAAUUCACCUGGGUAUACUAUAUUUGCUAGUGCGCCCACGUGUUUGCUCGAGAAGCUUCAGAAAUAUAUUCUGCGUGAAGAGCUACCUCCAGCUAAUACCACUUGCCAGCCGGAUGUUAAGCCUUUCCAGGGGGAAUCGUAG